GUUUGUCCGCCAUUCUCGAGUGGAAUGGAGACCGAUGAAACAUAUUAUUCCUUUAUCGUAAAUGGAUUGUGAAGAAAUCUUGGGAUGUUUUGAUGCUAACCAUUUAUCUAUUUUGUAAUUGAUCUGUUUGGAGUUGACUUGGUGAGUUAUAAUUCGGUUCAUGGUCUUCGCUAUAAAUCUUACAUUCUACUUGAUAAUCUGGAUGAUUUGAAGCUAAGACCUUACAUGGUUUGAAAACAUUGUUUGUAGUUUCUUUUUUAAAUUGUUUUUUAUUUUUGGUUGUAGUCGGUUCUGUCUGUUUGUAUGGAGUUGAUAGCUCCGUGAGAUUUGCGAGGCUCGCUUACUGUUUAGCGGACUACCUUUAUAAUUGAAGGUGGUUCAACCACAGCUUUUGGAUCGAAUUAAUCACAAUCAUUUAGUUACAUGUUGUAUUACAGCUAAAAAUCUGCGUGUGUCCCAGCUGCUCGUGGAUCAUGCACAGAAAAAAUGCCAAGAAAAAUGAAUUUAUGAUAACUGUCUUCAUAUUGAAUUUCAACUUUUCAUUAGGGUUCUGUUAGAAAUUUUGUUUACAAACCAAGUAUUAUGGAUUAUUUAAACCGUAGAUUAAUUAAACCUCGUUUCUAAACCAUUGAUUUGAAUAACAAUUUCAAAAAAAUUGUAACAACCACGGUGCUUAGAAAAUAUCUGAGGUCCCUAUGAUGACAGCUUCUAACCCUAGCCAGUUCUGUGGUUUAUGUGGUUGGAUGCUCAAGCAAGUGAGCUGCAGAGCACUAGCUGGUUGACAAGGUCAUGCACUUGGUGAACCAUGAACACUCUUACAUCAGUUUGCAUAUUCUCCAUAAUGUUCCCUAUGCUUGUUGUAAGAUACUAACAAGGAUUAUUUAUUUAACAAUCAAGAGCUUCUUUAAUAGAUGACCAUCUCCCUUAUUCUCAUAACCUGAAUGUGCAAUUCAGAAGUUAUCAUGUUAGGAGAAUUUGAUGCUAGUCACUCUUAGGGGUCAAAGUGUUAUAAAGAUAUCAGAAUUUCUUUGGGUUGAACACAAUUAAAAUUUUUUAUUGAAAUCUCUACUUUCAAACUCAACCAAUAACAACACAAUGUUCAGAAACUCUCUUGAAGCAUUGUAGAGGUUUAAAAUACAUGUGAAAAAAAAAAAUUAUUAUUAUAGCGGAGCUCGCAGAGGGUAGCCCCAUAAUUAUACAAAAUGGUAGUAGUAAUAGUAACCCAUCAAGCCAAAAAAAAUUUGGACUUACGACUGUAUGACUGUACGACUGUACAACCAUACAAGGUGCUACUUUUAACAUGCAUGGUCAGCUGUACCGCGUGCACGCCAACACCACAGCUUUGUCCAGUAGUCCAGUGGUCAGUGCACUGGGCUCUGAGUUAGACGACCUGGGUUCUAGUCCUGGCCGGGGCAAGGCGUUGUGCCCUUGAGAUGUGCAGGGAAAAAAAAAUGCAAGCUCUGCUUUUAGGCUUGGCAAAAUCUAUUUAAAAAGUAAUAAUGGAUGUUUAUUACUUUGUUGAAGUUUAUUUUUAAUUGUGGUUGCAUCUAUAUGUUGUAUUCAUAUUGUAGUAGCAGUAUCUAAGAUUUGUGAGACAAACAUCCUUUUAACUACAUCAACUACAUAAGAGGCUUACUAUGACAUUUUACAGAGAGGCUGUUUAACCAUGUCACUGAAAUUGUUGGUUUGUUUGCUGCACCAAAAUCAGCUGUCCUUAAAAUAUAAAUCCUCUGGUACUUCAAACACUUGAGUGAUGCAAUUGUACAUUUUGACGACUGAAAGAUUUUCAUGAAUUUUAGAUAGGUCCAAUGGACCCUGAACGAAGUCAUGUGUCAGUCCAGAAUGAUGACAACCACAGAAGUGUAUUGCCAUCAAGCUCCAUAGAGGAAGGAUCUUGUUCUGUGGCAGUGGAGGUCUCUGAUUCUGAAGGAAAGGAGAAUGCACUUGUGGAGAAAGUUCAGGAGAUAGCAUUAGACAGCAGUAGUAGUGUCAAGACAGAAUGGACAACUUCGAGGGCGAGCAUUCAUUUAACAACAAGUGUGCAUAAUAAGACUGGAGCAAUGUUUGAAGAGGAAGAAGAAGGAGAACUUGAUUAUGAGGAGGAUGAAGGCGAAGUACCAGGGGGCCAAGAGGAUAAGAAUGGCCUAAGAAAUGAUGUUGAUGAUGGUAAAGAGGAAGGUGAAGUAGAAGAUGAUGAGCAAGAUGAUGAGGGUGAAGAAGGAGAAAUCCUCUCAGAUGAUGAUGAUAAGGUAAAGGGCUUUUACAUCCCCAAGAUCCUUAUAAUAAAUCUCCUUGCUUUGUUUGUAUGUUUCUCAACAUAUUAGUUCUGAUAAUUUGGUGUUAAUCAAGCAUUGAUAUUGUAUGGAAAAAUUACUGUCUGGUAACUAUGAGGAAUGAAAGGGUGAAGAAAGUUCCAAGCCACGGAUUGAAACUUUUGAGAAAAACUUAUUUAUUUGGCUAUACAUCCAUGAAUGUAUUAAAAAGAAGAUAAAUUUGUUCAAAAAAUGAGUGGGGUAAGUUUGGAAAAGAACAGUUGUAUCCUGGUGCUAUAACUGUAUUUCCAGCUAAGUUUGUAUAGGUAUGUGUGUUGUUUUAAAAUUUUUUAUUUGCUUUUCAGGUAAAUGCAGAGAAAAAGCCUCAAGAUCAAAAAGAUUCGGCUAAGAAUGAGGUAAAAAAGGGAACAAUAAGUUAGUGAUGGUGCAUUCUUACCAGUAUAACCUUUGUGCUGUUAUGAUAUGUAAUGCACACAAAGUUAAUGAGUAGAAGACCUCAGUAGUUUCUUUGAAAUCUUUUAAUGAAUGAGCAAGCAUUAGACAAGGUAUAUAUCUAGAAAGAGAUACUGAUUGUGGUUAUAAUUAUGGUCUUGAUGAAUAAAUUGAGAGGUCAGUAAUUAUGUAAUAACCAAAAAGUUGAUAUUGAAAUUUUCACUCCAGAGAUCUGGAGUCAAUUCAAGUAACUGAUGACCAUACACUUCUGUAGCCAGUUUGAGUGAAAUUGAUUUUAUAAGGGGGCUAAGCAUAUAAAUAGAAGAGGAUAGCGUCCAACCUUGUCAUUACUUGUCUUCACAGUGGUGUAUUGAAAUUGUAAAGAGAAUUUAGGCCUUUGAUUACUCCUGGCAGUCAUGGAGUUAAUGAAAAAUCUCACCUAAAUGUCUACUCUUUAAUUUUCUUUUGUUAGGCUGAUGGCCCUGAAGAAGGAGAAGUGAUUGAUGAUGGAGAUUCCAUGGGUAAUUGAAAUGGAAUGUUAUGAUUCAAUUGGUUUCCUUUUUUUUUUGACAAAUUACCGACAAAAGCAUUUAACAUUUCUAAAAUACUGUAUAGCAUGAAAAAUUUGGGGAUUUGGAAGAUAGUUUUUGAUUGGUAAAGUUAAGCUCAAGAAAAAGAUUCCUACAAUAUAAUAAACCCGCUGAAUUUCACAGAAAUGGGUUUGCAUAGUAACAAGAAAUUACAAAUAGUGUUUCCCAGUGUAAUUUAUCUUUUUUUGUGCAAGGCACUGAAAAAUUUAGUCAGCCCCAUCCUGAGAAUAGUAGAGUUUAGCUUUAUUUUGGUAAUCAUUUCUUAUCUUAGGUGAAAAUUGUGUUUUGGAGUGAUUAAAAAAAAAAAAAAAAAGCAUGUUGAGUGGUAUGUUGCUCGUAAUGAUCAAACCACUGCAUUUGAGUAUGUACGUCACACCGAUCAGAUUGCCACAUUAGGUUAUGUAUCUGGCACUAAUCAUGUCACAGCAUUUGGAUAUCUUGCACCAAUCACAGCAUUUAGGGUAUGUGUCUCGCACCAAUCAGAAUGCUGCAUUAGGUUAUGAUCUCACACCAAUCAUAUAAGAGCAUUUGGAUAUCUUGCACCAAUCACAGUGUUUAGGAUAUGUGUCUGGCACCAAUCAUAUCACAGCUUUCUUGCAAAUGAUGCCAUGGAAUCAGGAGGCUGUGCACAAAGAAUGAUAUAAACCAUAAAUUUUGGGCUAGUUUUGAUAAGUGCUAUGGUUUGUGGCCUUCACAAGAGCUCUUUGAUUAAGGUCGAGAUUCAUCAGGAUAUGAAAGGUUCCCAUCAUUUGUAUCAUUUUUAAGUUUAAAAAUGUUUUUUUUUCAGCUCCUUUACUUACAACUCACACACCAAACAACCUACAUUCCAUCAUGUACCAUGAAAACAGCAUCCAAAGUCUAAUCAAAACAUACCCAAUCAUUGUACUGCAUGAACAUCAGGCAAUUUUUCGUGUGCUUGAAUUGUAUUCCACCAAUCAAAUUCCAUUUUGCCAAAUUAGACUUUGCAUUUAAACUUUUUCUACAAACAAUUUUGGCUUUUAGCUACCUUGAACUUAAUCCAAUUGAGUGUUAAUUCCUUGUUAACAACCUGCAUUUAUAUCACACACAGAGGGCAAAGUCCAGAUAGGCAACAACCAAUCAAGGAGCCCUCUUUGAAAUAUUAUCCUUUUCUCUUGGUCAGUGUAUCUUCACUCAUUUGAGAUCCCAAUAUAUCUUUUGUUAAGGUCUAUUAGAGAUACAACAGGGUUUCAGUUUGCUUUUUCGUGGAAUAAUGUGGAAUUUUAUUUUUGAGGCAGCUAUCUGUAGAUGAAUAAUUUUUAUUUUCUCUCAGUUAGAGGAAUAUUGGUAAACAUAGUCUCUUUCGCAAUCGUUAUUUGGUCUCAUCAGGCAGUGCACUCUCUCUCCAACAGGUAUUAUAUGGUGUUUUGUGAUGAGACCAAACAACAGCUGUGAGGAGAACAACAGUAAAUGUGGCACUGAUGCAUUUUAUUUUUGUUUAGAAGUAUUUAGUAUUUAUUUAUUUCUCUACAUGGCUUUACUGAUGUGUAAUCUUGUUCCUCCAUUUUAGGUGCACCAGUCCUAAGAACUAAAGUCUGCAGAUAUUUUAUGUAUGGUAAGUUUGCUUACCAAAGCUGUUUUGUCCACUGACAGUAAUGCUCAAAAACAAAGGUUCGGAAAGCUGUGCUGUAAAUUACAUGGCAUCAAGUGCCAUGUCAAGUAUCUAUUGCAGAGAUCCUUCUUUCAACUUUUUUUUGUUACAUUCUACAUUUUACUUGCAUAACAACCUUGUUACAUUCUCAUAUUGCUCUUCUUUGCAGGUGGUUGCACAUGGGGGAAUUCUUGCAGAUUUCUUCAUCCUGGUCACAAUGACAAAGGUGUGGUCAAGAAUUCAGCUUUAGUCUCUCUUACAUCUACAGUAACUUUGGAAAUGCAGGACAAAAACUGGAUUUUAAGUGAAGUAGAACCUCAGUUUUGCCUGCUAACUUGUCAGGGUUUGUUACCUUUGUUCAAUUCCAUUGUGCACCAAAAGAAACAUGAAUAGUAGAAGAACUUAUGAAAUUUAAGUACCUUUUUCAAAAAUUACACAGGAAGUGCUUUAAUGUAUUCCAUUUGAGUUAUAGAAAAAGAACAAGAUGAUUUAGUUUUAAAUGUGGUCUUGAAUUGUCUGAUGUAAGAAGCAGUGGUACAAGAACUACUAUUGAUUUGAAUAAUGUUGACAGGUGCCUAUCAAAUGCUUCCUGAGCCUGGCCAGUACCCAAGCCCCUUCCCCAAAGCACCAGCAGUUGUUCCUCCCAUUCAUCCUGAUGCUAUGAUGAUACCGGACCAAGAUCUUAGUCAGCUGGUAAGUUUUCUCCACCAACUCAUCAUAUUUUCAGUGUAAUUUAUUAACUCAAAAGCUGGACAUCUUGAUUUUAGAUUCCACCCACUGUAUUUCUUGUUCUUAGUGUUUUCUUAAGAUAAUAAGAGUACAUAUUAAUAUUUUCCUCAAAAAGGAAUGAUCUGUCUUGAAUAGAACACUUGUGAAAUUUUUAAACAUGUGGACCCUUUCGUGUUAAUUUGAAGAGUCCUUACACAUUGGUGCAUAAAGUUCCAAAAACACAUGUUGGAUUUAUCAGUAAAGAACACAGCACAUUAGUUUCUCUUUUCUCUGCACACCAUGUGUACAAUUUCUUAUAUUUCAUUCAGGUCAGGAUACAUUUGAGUUAAUGUUGCAGUAAUUGUGAUGUUUUAUUUUUAGGGUGAUGAAGUGAAUGACAAUAGUGUUCAACCUGCCUUAGAGGUGAUACCUCCAACCAAAAAAGAAACCGCAUGGGAGAGGGGACUGAAACGAGCAAAAGAGGUACUGAAUUAUCUUUUACAAGGAUAUGUAUAUAAGAAACAUCUCUCCAAGGGGAACUGCAUGUCAGUAGAAACAUACUUUUCAACAAAUGCUGAAAAAAUGAAAAAAAAAUUUACCCUGCACUGCACGAAAAUAAAUGAGGAAUAGUACAUAUAAGUUGUCUUUUAAUAUUGUGGAACAUUGUUUGGUGUUUGUUAGUAUUCACUAUUGACUUUGUUCCUGCUUAAAAUGUGAACAACAAUAAUCCUUACCCUGAGACUAGACAAUUUUAGUAUUGGAAAAAAACAUAAUAACUUAAGAGGGAAAACCUAAUUAAGAAAGAAUAAAAAUGGCUAAGUAGUGGGAGGAAGAUUACAAAAGAAUGCUAAAGACCAACGGAAACAAUUUUGAUUGGUACAAUAUUUUAUGCCUCUAAAACCGUAUCUUGACUUCUUUUAUUGAAUGUAGAUAAAAAAGGCCGCUCAGAAGAGAAAAGAAGAAGACGCUGAUUUUAAGGAAAAGCGAAUGAUACUGGGAAUCACAGCUGAGGAUGACGAAGAUGAAAAUGAUAAAGAAAAUACGAUGAGACGGCGUGAAAUGAUGCGGAGUAGGCUGGAGAAAGAAGCUAUUCACUGUGAGGAGGACGAUGUCAGGUACCGCAGAGGUGCUGACAUUGUGUCUCGGUGGAGAGACAAGAGAGAAACUUCGCCUCUUCAGUAUCGGGUUCGUUGAUAGACUUAAUUUGUUCACUUGAACAGUGCUUUACCAGACAUAUCCAAGCUAAAAUUCUGAAUUGGGGGGUUAACGUGUUAAUUGAUCGUUUUGUAUGUUCAUCCGCAACAAAUCGGGUUAGAAAAGGAUAUUCUAGGUGGUUGUCUCUUAUGUUUUCAUUUAAAAUUGUGCGGGAGAAAUCGGCGAACGGCUGGCCAGAAUUGAUCAAUUUGCAUUUGACCGAUAUAUCGGUAGGAUUAAGUACGUCCAUUUCGGAAAUUGGUGCACACAGAAAUAAAAUUUGAUGAAGGUCUUUUCGGUUGUAGGAUCGUGACAGAAAGAAAAAGAGAGGUUUUCGCACUCCUUCGUCUUCACCUGAAAGGUAAAUAUGAUAAAUUGUAUUGAUCAACUUUGCCAUUAGUGAAUUGGAGAGUAGAUAAAAGCAUGUUCCUUUUUGGAAAAAUUCAGAUUGUAAUAUAGUCAAACAUCUACGUAACCAUCUAUGACACACGACUGUGAUGGGGAGGCAAAGGAGUAGUUGUAUUAGAUAUUAAAUCCUAAGGCUAUUUUUUUCCUGAAAUCACAGGUGAAUUACCCUCCUAAAUCAACAUUAUCACUGAAAAAGUUGGCCGAAAUGGGUAUUGUUUUUGUUUUAAAGGCAUUCACUUUUUCUUUCUCUUUCAGGGACAGACGGAAUAGACGACGAGGAGGUGAGAAGGAUAAACAGAAAGAAAAAAACAAAGAAACUGUUAAGGAGAGAGAAACAGAACAAACGAGAAAAGGAACGAAAGAGCUGGAAAAGACAAGCGAGGAGAAAUUUAAAAAGAAGAAGGACAGAGGUAAGGAGAAGGAGACGGAAGAGGAAAAAAACGACAGUGCAGACAAGGAACAAACAACUCUAGCUCUCAAGGAGCAACAAGAAAGGACAACUGACGAGAAAAAGAACAGGGAUGAGGGAAAGAAAAAAAGGACUCACGAAUCAAGUGCGGAGACAGAAGUUAAAACAGCUAAGGAUAUAGAGAAGAAAGAGGAGACCAGGGAAUUAGAUGACAAGGACAAAGCUAAACCCAAAGCAUUAGGAAUCUCUAGUUCUCGUCUCCCUAAUGACGACUGGAUUGAUCCUUGGCAAAGAACUACUUCUCCUAAACGACAGUCAGCCUCUUCACGGAGUUCACGAAGCCGAUCGUCAUCUUCCUCAUCUGACUCAUCACGCUCGUCACGUUCACGUUCACACUCAGGAUCAGAGUCACAUUCCACUUCACGCUCUGCGUCACGCUCACGGUCUCGUUCAGUCUCUGCAGCGUCUUCUAGAUCACGCUCGCGGUCCCACUCCGGAUCCCGAUCUAAAUCACGCUCCCGAUCUGGAUCUCGAUCCUCGGGUAGCGAUCGUUCGAGUUCGUCAAGCAGCCACAGUCCUAUGAAAGAGGCGAAGACUGCACCGAAUGCAGACGACGACAGAGGCGCCAAACAAGCGUCAAACGAAUCAUCAGACUCGGAAUCCGAAUCAACCAAAUCCAAGUCUCGAUCACCCACACCGGUUUCGAAAAGCCCCAUAAAGCCAAAAGCUUCUCCAGACAAAGGACCUCGGACGCCACCAAUCGAGUCAUCAACAGGACGUUACUUCAAAGAAAAAAGGAAUCGCUAUGAGUAUGGCCGAGCAGACAGAAUAGAAAAGUGGCGAGAGACGCAGUUACGAUAUAACAACCCUUGGGACCCCCGAAGGAUGGGUGGUACAAGGCCAACUGAAGAUCCAUAUAGGUGAGUAUCUUAUGUCGUAGCGGUGGUUGGGGGGGUGAGAAAGCUGUUUUCCGAUUUUCCAUCUAAAAUUGGCUAUUGGUGGACGUCGGGAAGUAAUCUGUUUUUCUGAUGUAGGGAGCGAGAGCGUGGAUAUCACUCUCGAAGGGGAAGGAGUCCCACGAGGAGAAGAAGAUCUCGAUCGCCCCGGAGAAGGGUAGGUACCUUUCUCAUUGCAUAGAUGAGUCCUUAAAAGAGUGAAAACUGAGGUUAGAGUUAAGGUGGUCAUCACCAAUUGAUUAUUUGGCAUAUAUCCACCAUAGAAUAAGAAAAGAAUCAGACAACUUUUCUGUCAUUUCAUCAGAGCUUAUUACGUGAAGUCUUUAACGGUACCUUCGUAGCGAUAAGUCAGAGUAGAAAAAUGGUCUUUGUGAUUGUUGACGUUUUUCUUUUGACAGAAUGAAGACCGAAGGCGACCUGACGAAUUGAAGACGUGAGUUUUCUUAGUUUUAUAUCAAGACUUAAUUGGGUACAUGAUUUGGAAACUGAUUUUGAGCUGAACGACUGUAAAGGAUUUUUAGUUUUCUACUUAGUGAUUUAUGAAAUGAACCAUGCUUGAGCCAUGGGUUAAAAGUGAUAAACUGAUUCUCACAAGUAAACUGAAAUCCAAUAGAUUGCUAGAGUGCUGAGCCGUGAUUAAAGAAUUCUUGGAAGCCUGAAUUCCUUUCUUCAGGGUUUCUGUAACAGUUUUAAUUGUAGUAUACCAUGGUGGAGUAUCAUUUCCCAGCUGCGGGUCAUCAGGGCUUGUCAUAGAGUAUGAUAACGUAUGCAAAUAGCACGCGCUUGCGCAAUUCGGCAUACAAGAAUCUUCCAUCUUUGUGACUUCAGUUUCCAGUUGAGUACUAGUUGAGUAUUAAAUUAUUUAUCAUAGAUGUUUGGAAAUGAAAUACAUAAAAAUCUCUAUUCGGCUGUUGAGUGCUAUUACUUCUAUCUUUAAGCCGAGAGCGUUCCUCGAGUGCAGAUAGCAUGGAGCAUGCGCUGGCUCGGCCCAGUUCUCCUCGCGGGACACGGGAACGAGGCGGAAUGCGGCGUGUGUCCAGUGCAUCAUCAAGUGACAGUGAGAGUACUGACAGUGGUAGUCAAUCUGAAGACGAACAAAACCCGCCUAAAACACGCCGGACAGCCCCUGAACAGCUCAAACAAGCUCGGAAUGUGCCGCUGACAAGUGGAAAUAUUAGAUAUACUGGACAUAAAGAUAUUAAACUCACUUUGAAUAAGGUACGAUUGAAAAAAAUGGUCGCUCUUUGUUCUACAAGGUGCUGAUGUCAGCAAUCCUGCCCAAAGUUCUUCGUAGUGAGAUACAUGCAGUUACAUGAUGUUAUGUUUUUAUUACGUAUCUCCUUCUUACAAACAAUGCAGCGACUAAAGAGCAACUGAAGAUCAAGUUUUAAAGAGAAGAAAGUGAUAAUCAUGGCUAUGAUUGUAUGUGUGCACUGAAGAUGUCCUACAUCGUGCAUUGUUGAUGGUGUUUUCCCCGUCAGGGUGACGAAAUGUCAUGAUGAUGAUGAUCAUGAUAGUGAUGAUGAAGUUUUUAUGUUGUCUGAUUUUAUUCUCACUUAUUUCAUUUCAGUCUGUGACGCGAAAAGACAACUCGGAGCCAUCCAAACAACCCGCUCCUCAUUCACCACCAGCAAGAUCUGAAGCCAGUAGCAGCAGUGAUAAACCCUCUGCGUUCAAAAAACGGCCACGUGACUCACCUUCAGUCCCUGACGCUCCAGCGGCAAGGAAGGAAGCCGUGUCAUCAUCCAUGCCAUCUGCUAUCAAACCUGACAAACAGUCAGCGGAUCCUCAUGUGGAAUCAGCGUCUUCCGGGAGAGGAAACGCGGCGAACACAACCUCAAGGAGAGAAGAACUUCUUCGUGAGCUUAAAGCUGUUGAAGACGCUAUAGCAAGAAAGCGCGCCAGAAUUGAAUAAUAAUCGUGCAUAUUUUCAAGUAAAUGUAUAAUAAAGACCUGUCUUUCGCCAUUGUAUUUGUUAUGAAUAUUUUUAUUUCAAGCAUUCAAACUACGCAUAACACUGUUAGAACUACUGUCACGUUGCUUCUGUCCCACGUUGGAUGGAGGUUGAUAAUGGCCGGAGCCAAACACCUUAGUCUACCCUAGUCUUAAUAAUAAUAGUAAUCUUUAAUGAAGAUGCCAACGUCACGAAGUGAUUUACAGAAGGGUCC